AGCGGCGCCAACCCGGACGAGCCGCUCGACAUGGCGCUCCUCGGCGACACGCCGGCGUGGCUGCGCAGUUUGCGCCUGCACAAGUACACGGGCAUCUUCGAGGGCUCGACGUGGCAGGAGAUGGCCGUCAUGGGCGACAAGGACCUCGAGGACAAGGGCGUCGGCGCUCUCGGCGCGCGCAGGAAGCUCCUCAAG